AUGCCUAGCAAAGAUGAAGACCUUCUGGCACGUCUUAACGCGUUGAAGCAGAGCUCGGUGAAGUUGGAUCAGACUUCGCCGUCAGUUGAUGUCCAAACACCCCAGCCACAAACAGUCGAGGACAAAUUGGCAGAUCGACUCAAGAACCUUCGUGCUGGCGGUACUCCGGAACGCUCGAAUGCAUCUUGUGGAUUUCGAGAUGCAGCCAGUGAGCUCGCAGCGCAAGUCGGAGAUGAAGUCGGUGCUGAGAAAGACGCUAUCCGAGACUGGCAGCAACAGGGCGGCGAUGAGCAGACUCUGGAGGAAUUGCUUGCUGAUCUAGGUCCUGAUGAUCAGUGGAAGCUUGAUCCGAAUGAUCCGAAGGACAUCGGCAGUCUUUUAAAGGAGGCCGAGGAGGCCUUGCCUGUUGAUGUGGAAGAAAGUCAAGAGACCAAGACUCAUCAAGGUAUCGAGCCUGAAACCACUGACCAAAGAACGGAUCACGACCACAUGAACGACAAGGAUGAAGACCAGCAAGACGAAGAAGAUGCUGAUGAGUACAUCCAGCGAGUACUUGCCGAGGUAGACCUAGAGACUAAGUAUGGUGGUCAAAAAGCUGAAGAAGAAGAAGAAGAAGAUGCUCGUUCCGACGACCAAGUCGAAAAAGGAACCUCAAGCCUUCAACUGCCAGCAGCGCCAUCAACGUUACCAGAACCAGCCGAUUCAACAGACAAGUCACCUCCAUCAUACGAUGACAGCGAGCUCGAAGCACGUUUUUCGAAGCUAGGAUUGAACGGACUGGACCUACCCUCUGCACCAACAGCACAACCUUCGUCCUCGAAACCCAAGGUCACUGCGAGCUUGAAGCCAAAGUCCAACCUUCCAACAUACACGGACGAGGAUAUCGACUCCUGGUGCUGUAUCUGCAACGAAGAUGCUGAGAUUCGUUGCCUGGGCUGUGACGGCGAUCUUUAUUGCCAACAGUGCUGGAACGAAGGACAUGGGCCUGGUGUAGGACAAGAACGUGGACACAAAGCUGUUCAGUACAAUAGGAGACCUCCAGCGGCUGCUGCUUGA